AUGCAGCUCAACACCACCCUCCUCGUCUCGCUCGCCCUCGGGGCCGCGAGCGUCCUCGCCAGCCCAGCCCCACCGGCCAUCACGGCCCCGCCUACGGCCGAGGAGAUCGCGAAGCGCGCGACGACCUGCACGUUCUCCGGAUCGAACGGCGCCUCGUCGGCCAGCAAGUCCAAGACCUCGUGCUCGACCAUUGUGUUGUCGAAUGUGGCCGUUCCGUCGGGGACGACGCUGGACCUGACCAAGCUGAACGACGGGACUCAUGUAAUCUUUUCCGGCGAAACCACCUUCGGCUACAAGGAAUGGAGCGGCCCCCUGAUCUCCGUCUCCGGGAGCGACCUGACCAUCACCGGGGCGAGCGGGCACAGCAUCAACGGGGACGGCAGCCGGUGGUGGGACGGCGAGGGCGGGAACGGGGGCAAGACGAAGCCCAAGUUCUUCGCGGCGCACAGCCUGACCAACUCGGUGAUCAGCGGACUGAAGAUCGUCAACUCGCCGGUGCAGGUUUUCAGCGUUGCGGGGUCGGAUUAUCUGACCCUCAAGGAUAUCACGAUCGACAACUCGGACGGCGACGACAAUGGCGGGCAUAAUACCGAUGCGUUUGAUAUCGGCACGAGCACGUAUGUCACGAUCUCGGGGGCCACGGUGUAUAAUCAGGAUGAUUGCGUGGCUGUAAAUUCGGGGGAGAAUAUCUACUUCUCGGGCGGCUACUGCUCCGGUGGACACGGCUUGUCCAUUGGUUCGGUGGGCGGACGCAGUGAUAAUACGGUCAAGAACGUGACGUUCGUGGAUUCGACGAUCAUCAAUUCGGAUAAUGGCGUCCGCAUCAAAACCAACAUCGACACCACCGGCUCCGUGUCCGACGUCACCUACAAGGACAUCACGCUCACCUCCAUCGCCAAGUACGGGAUCGUGGUGCAGCAAAACUACGGCGACACGUCAUCGACGCCCACGACGGGGGUGCCGAUCACGGACUUUGUGCUGGACAACGUGCACGGCUCGGUGGUCAGCUCGGGGACCAACAUCCUCAUCUCGUGCGGGUCGGGCAGUUGUUCGGAUUGGACGUGGACGGAUGUGAGUGUCAGUGGAGGGAAGACGAGUUCGAAGUGUACGAAUGUGCCGAGUGGGGCUAGUUGUUGAUUCUUUGGUUGUUCCUAUUUGAG